AUGGGCAAAACUGCAGCGAUAUCCUAUGCAUUGUGUGCGUACACCGAGUCGCACAUCACGAUCUUACAGGUUCCGUUUAACACAUGCCUUUCGACACUUGUCACCGGUGCCGUUGUUCUUCAAAUCGCUUCCAUCAUGUGCAAUUCAUCGUCCUUAUGCAGCAUUGGAUCGGGAAUUGGAAUUUUCAUCGCGCUUUUUAUGUUUGAGUGGUUCAAUGUUCAUUUUAUGUCAAUGACGCGUUCGCGAAGAGCUUGUUUCGACGUUGCCAAUGUUCUCGAGACUUAUCAGCCACGGGCUCGAACCCAUGGGCAUUUGUUUGUGGCCGAUCCUCCGACACCUGCUGUGACAAUCGCCGAGGGAACUGAAAAUCACGAAGCGCCGAAAGAGAAGAAUGCGUUCACCAAUGCUCGAGACGCGCAUUAUGAGAACAUGUAUCAGAAGGCAUGUCAGAUGGCCAAAGAAAUGGAACAGAUGGAAAAGAAUGGCGCCAGUCCAUCAAUGGACGCCGCGCAAGACGUCGAAUUGAAAGCUGCCGAUCCGGAACAAGACAAGAAGUUCAUCGUCGUCGUCCGUCGUGUGGCAGAUGCGAUCGAAGCCGAAAAUAGUGAUAAUAGAUUGGAUGGCCAUUCGUCGGCCUCGAUCGAUUGUCUUCUCUGCGAGGCUGUUGUCCCAAUGAGAUUCGCUUGUUUCUUCUUGUUCUUCUCGAAUAAGCCGCGAUGCAAUGAUUUUUCUCCGUUCAUUCGUGAUCGACCUCGUGGACUUGGUUUGCUGCAGCUUCCGACUGGAAUGACUGAUGAGAGAUCGGGACCAUUCUUUCCAGGCUUAUACCUGGCCGGAGACAAGGCUGGUCAGAAGCCGGCUUCUGUGCCCGAUGUGCAUCUUCCAGGACAAAUCGCCCGAUUUUCUGGAAGAUCUGCGUUCAACCCGUUCACACACAUGUUCGCGGCUGCUUUUAAUGACGAUCUCACCGAUUCAUGGGGUACUGGAUUUGCAAUAAACGGUAUCAACAAUCAUGGUUUAAAUGUUCGUAAGAAUUUCGACGGCUAUGCGGACGCGCCAUUCAAUAGUAAUGAUGGAAUGUACCAGCCGUUCAUUACUGCAUUCACUGUCGGAUCAGAAUACGACUUGUCGAAAAUCAAGGAAAUUUCCGGAAACUUUAAUCUACCAAUUCCCGGCGUAAACGAGUUAUUCGAUUUUGACGGAAGGUUCAUGAUCAAGGGAAACGGAAACGGCAUCCUCAACAGCGCCAUGGAAUUCCCACUGACGCUAGCAGAUCCGAACGAGCGAGCACCGUACACUUUCAAAUAUCUCAAUUUCAUGGCGGAUCGCCACAUGCAAUACGGUCACGUUGUGCCGAACGUGAACUUGUUCGUCGUUGGAAAGGAUAAGAUCAUGGAAAGACUCAUGCAGAACAGAUUGAAUCCAACAAUGGUUGGUUAA